UUGCUUAUCUCUUCCCUUUCAAGUUUAAAGUUUUAUCUCUCUCAGUCUCAUCCCUCACCUCUUGUUUCUCUCUCAAUACAUUUCUUUAGGCAAAGUUUCAUGCCCAUUUUCGCAGGACUGUAACUAAACAAAGGCAUGUAAAAAGAAAGUGUAGUUGAGGGAGACAGAAAGUUGGUUAUCCUUUUUCUUCUUUGGCAAUAGCAAAAACAAAUUAUUCUGUUUCGUUACAGUUCUUUUUGCAGUGAAUUUUCAGAGGUGCUUGUUUAUGUUUGCAGCUGUAUCAAGUGGGUUGUUGUGUGCGCGUAAUUAUGUGAGAGCAGACAGGAAUUGAUUUGUUCUCGUUAGGCAACAAUUAAAGAAAAACUAACUCAAAAGACGAGAAAACCCCGUUUUUAUUCAUUUGUUUUUACUUCAAACAUGGAGGCUACAGAGAUUUAGGACGCAUUUCAGCUUCCCAAUACUGUGUGCCAUCAGUUUUUUUGCUGGGUUCGUGUGUACAUUAGACUCCUAGAGACGCGUUCACAGUAAAGCUUCUUGAGAUUUUGAGCCUUAAAAGUUUGAUAAUCAUGGCGGUCUCUGCCUCAGUUUAACUUCAAUCUCUUGAUUCAAAAAAUCUUAGUAAUGCUGAGAAAUAGAUCAAGAGCAGUGACCAACAAGCAAAGUUUAAUGGAGAAUCAUCAAAGUUUUCAAUCACCAUCAAACUCCCAAAACAACAAAAGACCCAUCUCUUUCUUAUUUUCUCCACGCUUCCGAGCUUUUAAAACGAAGUGUCUUGCUGAAUCGGAGGCCGUGAUAAGUCCAAGUUCGAUCAUCGACACAAAACCAUUCUCUCCUUUUGGAAAUAUCUUCUCCGAUGACAUUUUAAAGUCCCCAAAACUUCUCGCUGAUCAGAAAAAAAAAUAUUCCAGGGAAAAUUUAGACUCUCAACCCAUUGGUCUUGGUCUUAUUGACGUUUUAACUGACAAUAAACCCAUUGAAGAAAAUUUUCCUCUUAAGCCAAAUCAUAAAAAAGUUUUCUUCGGAAACAAUCUCAGAGUUCAAGUUCCUCCACUGCCUGUUUCUAAUCUUUCUCCAUCACCCUCCCCCAAAUCUCCAGGUGAGAUUGGGAUUAAGUCUUCAGACGAGAAAUCUACCGUCAAAACGAAGGAUAUCUCUCCAGGAAUUUACACACAGUAUACUUCUGUGACUGCAAUGGAGCUUUCUGAAGAUUAUACGUGCGUGAUAUCUCGUGGAGCAAAUCCGAAAACCACGCACAUAUUUGACAACUGCGUAAUCGAGAGCUACUCUUUAUCGGAAAAAUCAAACUUUCCCCUGGAGAAAAAUAACAAUAAUAAUAAUAAUAAUAAUAAUUUCCUCAGCUUUUGCCAUACUUGCAAGAAGAAUCUUGAACAGAAAAACGACAUUUACAUCUACAGAGGUGAGAAAGCUUUUUGCAGUCAAGAAUGCCGCUACCAAGAAAUACUGCUGGAUGAAUUGGAGAAUUAAACAAUUUCCCAUGAUUAUGACUGUAGUAGAGGGACAAUAAAAUUAAUUUAUUUUUCUUGGUUUCUUCUCAAAAUAAUAGAAGAGAGAGAAAUAAUGUAAACUUGAUUGCUUCUAGUUCUAAAGAAGAAGAAUAAGCUGAUGAUGAAUGAUUGAAAACUCUGCCUUAUCUUUUAUUUUUAUUAUUAAAAUUUGAAAUCAAUUAUUAAUUGUUAAUGGGGACCAAUUAUUAUUUGAGUGAUGAAGAUUCUUUUCUUCCA